AUGGGUGUUCUCUGCUGGCUCGUGGGUUCUGCAAUCUGCAUCGCUGUCUGGGGACAGGACUAUGGGUUCUCCCGCCCACCCCCUCAGUUUGGCUCCAUCUACCACGCCCGAGGGGUCAUUAAGCUUCCCUAUGCUGAGAUUGAGGAGCCUUUCGAAGCCUGGUACAACCUGACGGGAAACAAGAGCCGGAUCCAGUAUUAUGAGGGGCAGGUGAUAACCUACCAGUUUGCAGCUGUGAAGCCCUAUGGGAUGAGGUACAAGAUCACACCAGAGACCACUGAGAAGGAGGUGAACACCAUGAAGUGCUUCCAGCUGCCUGGCUCCAAGGAGGACGUGGUCAAGGCUCAGAGUGUCUUCCCCAACAUCAGCGGCUUCAAGUUCCUGCGAGAGGAGUACUAUGACGGCCGGUACUGCGCCGUGUGGCAGAAUGUCACCCGGUGGGCAAAGAAGAAGAAUGUCUACACCCUAUGGGUGACCAACUCCAGCUGUGGGGUGGCCCCUGUCCACUACGAGAUGAGGGGGUACAACAGCCUGCUGGGCUCCCACUACGACAAAUAUGAGAUCACCUACACUGAUUUUGACAACAGCUACCCUCCCUCCAUCUUCGACCUCCCCAUCAACGAGACUAAGAAGUGUGGGCUGCUGCCAGGGAGUGCAGUAGAGCAUCGGGUGCUGGCAAACCCCAUGGAGGACCUGGUGGGACAGCACCAGCCUUGGGCCCACCAAGUUUUCCAUGACUACCGUCGGCGGAUGGGGCGGCGAUACAGCUCCAUGCGGGAGCUGGAGCACAGGCAGAGCAUCUUCGUGCACAACAUGAGGUUCGUGCACUCGCGGAACCGCGCCGCGCUCUCCUACACGCUGGCGCUGAACCACCUGGCCGACCGCACGCCCCAGGAGUUGGCAGCACUGAGGGGACGGCGUCGCAGUGGAGACACCAACAAUGGGAGACCCUUCCCCACCGAGCUCUACACUGGCCUCAUCCUGCCCGAGAGCCUCGACUGGCGCAUGUAUGGGGCUGUCACCCCUGUGAAGGACCAGGCUGUCUGUGGGUCAUGCUGGAGCUUUGCUACAACAGGUGCCAUGGAAGGUGCUCUCUUCCUCAAGACUGGUGUGCUGACCCCCCUGUCCCAACAAGUCCUCAUCGACUGCUCCUGGGGCUUUGGGAACUAUGCGUGUGAUGGGGGUGAGGAGUGGAGAGCCUAUGAGUGGAUCAUGAAGCAUGGUGGCAUCGCCAGCACCGAGUCCUAUGGCACCUACAAGGGACAGAAUGGCUUGUGCCACUACAACCAGUCUGAGAUGUUGGCCAAGAUCACAGGCUACGUCAACGUCACCUCGGGCAACAUCACAGCAGUUAAAGCUGCCAUCUACAAGCACGGCCCCGUGGCUGUCAGCAUCGAUGCUUCACACAAGACCUUCUCCUUCUAUUCCAAUGGCAUCUACUACGAGCCCAAGUGUGAGAACACACCAGGAUCACUGGACCACGCAGUGCUGGCCGUGGGCUAUGGAGUCCUGCAGGGAGAGACCUACUGGCUCAUCAAGAACUCCUGGUCCACAUACUGGGGCAAUGAUGGCUACAUCCUCAUGGCCAUGAAGGACAACAAUUGUGGUGUGGCCACUGAGGCCACCUUCCCCAUCCUGGCCUGA